AUCACACUUUUAUAGUCAAAGUUAGUUACUUCAGUAAACGUUGCUGAACUAAAUACAAAACAAUUCUAAUCCGAAGGAAUCCGAAGCAUUUUUUGAAUAAUUUUUUCUGGUUUAAUUUUGCAGAGUUUCUCGCGCGGACUCAGUAAGUUCCCUAUGUUCGUAGAUUACAUUGUUUUCUUUUGUGUUUAGACAAGGUUACAAGUUUUACAGUUAUUUGCGGGCUUUCUGUGUAUUUAAUAUAUUCCCUCGAGAUCAGUCACAUGAUCGAUGGCAUGGAAACAACAUGACYUCAACUUCAACAUCCUUCACCGAAAUGCCACAAACAAAUGUCAAAUAAAUUAUUUAAGAAUGAAGAUUAAAGAAGAAUGAGUUCCAUUCCUACGCAAAGAAGAGGACAGCGAACGAUCAGUAUGAGCGAAGCGCCGUUUGGACCUAUGCAUCCUUUACAUUUUGCACUGUCGCGUCUUCCUCGAGGCGCACAAUUAUCUGGCGACAACAAUGGAAUUCGAACAAGAUUUCGGCCUCUCGCUAAACUUUCGACUGUUUCUCUUGUAGGAAGACGAGAUAGARCAAAGCCCAGAAAUGUUUCAAAGAAGCAAGAAGUUUUGGAAAAAGAUGACGAAUGUGCAAAUAUCGGUUUAGAAGAGUGUAUCCAAUCCCGYCCCCCUUUGAAGAUAGACUUGAGUGGGCCUAARCCUACRACWUAUGACCCUCCAGCCUACCUUCCUUGGGAAACAACAUCUCCAUCAUAUACAAUGAGACCAAAAACACAGCCAGAAAAAGAGGAUGGAGGUGACCGUGUGGCAUGGAACAAACAAUGGAUUGCCAGUCAUGAUAUAUGGACAUACAGGGCACACUUUGACGAGAGGUAUCCAUGGCCCUCCCCAGCCCACUACACAUCCAAGCCAACCAUUGGUACAAAGCUGUCCUACCUUCCUCAGUCACCUGCACAUUCCAUGGGAAAAAGAAGAGCUUUCGUWUUAAACAAAUCAGGUUCUGAGACUGAGCCAGCGCCAAAUCAAUAUAACUACAGUAAAUCAAAAUUGAAACUCAUGAAGACUUUCCCAUCUUAUUCUGUCCAAGAGGGACGAAAAGGAGGGACUAUGGUCUGGACUGCAAGGGAACCAGUUCCAGGUCCCGGCUCGUACAAUCCACGAUGUUACAAAACAAGUAGCAAAAGAUGUGCACCCAACUUCUCCAUGUCACGUAGCGUGCGAGAGAUUGGUCUCACAAGAAAUUGUACUUUUUAAAUCGAAACUGUCUGCAAGUGGCUACCUUGUAUUGCUCGUGGUCCUCUUGGAAGCAUAUACAUGACUAUCUCAGUGGAARGGUAGCUGGGGGAGACUGAACACUCGCUAAAGCGGGCGCCCGCCCCCCAAACCUUGUACAAAUCGAUCACAAAAAGCGCGAAACUUUCAAAUUCCAUAUCAGUAGCAAUCUCAACGUACUUUUCAAGAUUAUUUAUUUAAUUAUAUUUUGCAAUAGUUUUGUGUAUGAUAUUCGUUGUUUUUCUUAAUUUGUUUGAGUAGGAGGUUGUGAAUAAUAUUAAACUUAAUGGAUUUGUUAUGGUCUAACAGAGCGAGACUCGUUAAGUAUUGUGUUUUUUUCUGSUCGUAUUUUCAGUUYAGUCACGUAGCGUUUGGAUUUGGYAAAAAAAAGCCGUUACUACUUCACAAAUUGAAUUAUUAAGUUAUAACUCAGACGAUAUUCGAUACUUUCGAUACUUUGUGUAAAUAAACUAAAAUAAAACUUAAAUAAAC